AUUUAUUGGAUUUAUGGGCUUUACCUUUAAUUUUUUUUACUUUGAAAUUUGAUUAUAUUUUCUUCAGCAAUAUGUAUAAUGAGUGGAAGGUUGAACUGAAAGCAAUGGCAGAUCGGAUUAUUACCAUGCGCCAACAGCUGUUCGAUGCUUUAAGUGCAAAAGGUACUCCAGGUGACUGGAGUCAUAUUAUCAAGCAGAUUGGAAUGUUUACUUUCACAGGACUGAAUAGUGAUCAAGUUGCCUUCAUGACCAAAGAGUAUCACAUUUACAUGACAUCUGAUGGGAGGAUUAGUAUGGCAGGUCUUAGCUCUAAGACAGUCCCUCAUCUUGUGGAUGCUAUACAUGCUGUAGUCAUCCGUAACUCCUAAUCUGAUUUAAAAGUUAUAACGCAUGGACUUGUGUUUUGUAGUAUGCCUAUGGCAUGGAAUUUCUGCAAUAAUAACAAUAAUAACAAUAACAACAACAACUUAGGCUUUAAAUUCCAAUAUGUUUGAGACAAUGAAAGGUUCAGCUAUCUUCUAAUUUUACUUGAUCAGACUUUCUUUAAGUAUAGGAAAUGCUGCACUUUUCAAUGUUCAACGCAGUUUGUUUACCCCACACAUACAUGAGAAUAACACAUAUCAGUCUUA